AGAUGACCUGUAAUUGAUAUCGGUAAUGUUUACGAAACUUUAAUUUAUGAAGCGUACAUUUGGAUUUUCCGACUUAUUGUGACUAUUUUCGUUUCAAUGAUCAGCUGAUAUAGCUUUCUACAUCUAUUUUUGGGUGCUUUGAAAUGACGUAAUUUUAUAGGAAAGGACAACCAUGGAUCAAAUUGAAAAUGGGUGAAAAAAUAUUUGAUUCUAUCCAGGUUAUAUUCCUUAUUACGACACUUGCUUUUGUAUGGACCAAAGAACCUUGUCCACAUAUUCAGCUUUGGGAUGCUCGUGCUCAAUUUCUCUGUGAAGACCCAUCGUGGUACCACUGUCUGGAAACCCAAGCAGGAGAAAUUAAAGAAAAAUGUGUUAAACCAAAAUCCAUCAGAAGUGGUCAUUAUCCAGUUUUUCUGAUAGGAGAAACAGAAAUAAUAGAAAGGCGAUGUCCACCCACACUCUACCAGCCAAAUGAACUAAUGUCAAAUCAAUUCAAAUCAGUGACGUGUAUGUACGAAAAAGAUGAAUGUAAUGAUGACGGCGAGGAGGCGUGUGAUGACGGAAGUGACGUCAGUGACCGAAUGUGUCGGUGCGAUUUUAGGAAAGGGUACGGGGCUCUUGAAUAUUUACUAAACAACCCGCACCAGAAGUCAUGCUACCUGCCAACAUCUAAUGAAAGAGGAUGUGUUAUGAUCCCAUGUGGAAAGGGAAAAGAACUCAACAAAGUUUAUCAGUGUGUACCCGUUUGUCCAUCUGGGUACUAUAGAUCACAUUAUGACUUUAACUGCGUGCCAGGGCGAUCAAUUCCAAGUUCAACUACAGAAUCACCGAGACAGAUUUUGACCAUCGAUAAAAAGAUUGAGGAACCCGCAAUGAUAGAUCAAGAGGGUGAUGACAAGACAGCUUCAAUUGUAGCUAUUGCUGUUACCACCACCAUUGCAUUAAUGAUUUUUAUAUUCUUGGGACUUUAUUGUUUUUGGAGAAGAAAAUAUAAUAAAAAUUCAAGAUUUGACUCGAAUUGCAACUCAAGUGACAUUCCAUUUAGAUCUUUGGAAGUUGAUGGAGGGGAUGGUGGAGAAAAUCUGCAUAAACCUAUCGUUGAUAGUCUUCCAUACAGUGAAAUUGAUAUCAUCCAUGGGCAUAACAUAGAGGAGAGCAUUGGUUGCAUAACAGUAGAGCCACAGGCAGGAAGAAAAGGAAAUGGUACUGGAUUUAGGGUUGGAGAAAAAUAUGUCAUGACCGCGUACCACGUUGUACAGGAUGUAUUCGAAAAAUUUUGGAAAGAGGUACAUAAAAGAUUGAAAAAUGGAAAUAACGAAUGCAAAAAACUUUCUGAAAUAUUAGAAAGCCAGGGAUGUAUGCCGAAGGAUGGGAAAUGGAGCCUGACAGAGAUUUUGAUGUCCCUAGAUCCUGACACACAAAAGAAACUGAAAGCUGUUGGGAUUGACAUGGUGACACACAGCUGUCGAAUCACUUUUGGGUGUGUUGGAGAGAAAAGAGGAGAUACUUUUACUUUCAGUUAUGAUGCACUUUUUAUUUCUAAACAACAUGAUGUUGCAAUCCUUGAACUCACCAACAAAACUGGUCAGCCGUACCCAGCCAAACUUAAUUUUGUUAAUUUUAAUUUACCCAUGGAUCGUUUACAUGUUCUUGGACACCCAAAUGGUGGUGAAUUAAUUUUUGAUCCAUCAUGCAGCAUAAUAAGUGAUCAAGAAAAACUCAAGGAGACCAAGGAUGAAGCCAUUACAUUGUUUACCUCCCAUGGUAAGACAAAAUCACAAGUUGAAAAAGAGUAUAAGGAAUGCAAACUUUCACCAAAUCAUAUCCUCUUUCAUUGUUCAAAAAGUACUGCCCAUGGUGCUUCAGGAUCGCCUUUAUUGCAAAUUGCAAAGUCAACCAGAAAGCCAGUGAUUAUCGGCAUGCUAUUAAAAGGAUACCCAAAAAUGUACUACAACGAGUUUCGAAACAACGAAAAAGUUAACAAACGUCCAGAGUUAUUGAUAGAAUCUGGAAUAGCUGUUGAAACGUUGAAGACUUUAUUUAAACAGCAUGAACUAUCUUACCUUGUUAACGAUAUUUUUAAUGAAUUAAAUUGAUGUCAAAAAAUUGUUAUACAUAACUGUACAUGUACUUAUUUAUGACGGGUAAAUUCUGAGGGUCAAGGCAAUUUUAAGUCGGUCCCUUAAAUCUAACGCACCUUUUAUGUCCUGGAAAUAAAUACGUUGUGAUAUCCUGUUUAUGACAAAUAUAUGUUGCAUAUUGAAGGCUUGUUCAUUGUAAUUGCAUAUCAUGUUUAAAACAUUUCUAAUAUCUGAUAUUGUCUGUAUCACUCUGUGGUCAUUCGAAUUCUGUACGUCCGAUAAAGAAUGCAGCCCUGACGAUUGACAUUUCGUAAUAUAAAAAUCAUUUAUAGGUCCAUAUUUUUUAAACUAUAUAGUAUUUUUCUAAAGAUUGAUUAGAACGUAAGUAGAUAUGUUCUGUAGUAAGAUAGAUGUACAUGUUUGAUUUGAAGUAAAACACGUAACUUAUCAUUAAUUUCGAAUAGAAAAAGUGAGAGAAAUACUUAAGUGAUCUCGACUAAAAAUUAGUUUGCUCCAAGUCAA